UGCAUCUUUCCGCGUGCCUCAGUAAAAUGGCUGUGUCUCGCGAAGCCUCGUGCUGGUUUGAUCAGUUUCUCGCCCUCAGUCUCGCUCUGUAACAGAAGCCCCCCCACAUUCAGUGUCGCUUAAAUUAUUUCCCGGGAUCUUUAUUUAUAUUCUUCCAUUAACUUUUUAUUCGAAUCGGAACCGGUAGGCCAACCCGGAUUCUGUCUGGUGUUGGGGGGGGAUGAACCGGGACACGGGAACAUUGGUAUAAAUAAUUGUAUUUGUAUUCAAUGCUACUGAGAGGCUGAUUGUGACUAACUCGCUGUGAAAGAGAGGGAGAGAGAGGGAUAUCAUGGCCGCUCAGGUCGCUAGCGCCGCCACUCUCAACAGCAGUCCGCCUUCCGAACUAAAAAAGCCUGAUCGGGACCCGCUGGAGGAAUCGGUACCGGGGGAAAAGCAGCAGGAAAAUAAGGAACCGGGAUCAGAGAGCGGAUCUCCGGGUCAGAAGGAUCUGCAGGACGGGGCCGAUGCUGGAAAUGCGGGGGGAGGAGGGGAUCCUGAGAUGAAGAACGGCAACGGGAAUCCGUCCAGGUUGAACAAUAAUAAUAACCAGAAUGAUUCAGUGGGACCUGACGGGAAUAGCCAUCCCGGGAUGGGACACCAUCACCCGGGCGGUUUUCCUCCAUCUCCCUACGGUUACAGCCAGCACUACAGCCGGCCCCCUUUUCAUCAACAUGGCGGACAACAAAGCCCUGGCAUGGCAGCGGCAGCGGGGCCGGCUGUGCAGCCAGGCAAUAUGAUGGACUCGUAUCAGCCCAGUUCUCAUGAGCACGGCUUCCCUAACCAUCAGUUUAAUAGCUACAGCCAGUUCCCGAACCGGACGCCCUACCCAGGCCCCGGCUACGCCAUGAAUUCCCCGAGAAGCAACCAGCCCCCGGCGGCUGGGGGGCAGCCAGGCAAGCAGCAGCAGCCAGCGGGAGGAACCACUGCUAUGGCUGCCUCCUACAACGCUCAGAGGUAUAACUUGGGAAGCCAGCCGCCUAACUCCACUCCUACCCCGACCCUAAAUCAGCUCCUGACCUCGCCCAGCUCUUCGCGGGGCUACCAGAGCUACCUACCGAGCGACUACAACAACCAGGAAGGGGCUAACAAGGGACCACCAGACAUGGGAAGCAGCAGUCAGUAUGGUGGUGGGGGCCACCAGGCUUGGCAACAAAGGAGCCAUCACCCACCGCCUAUUAGUCCAGGAAACUCCGGACAGCCUCUGAACCGAAAUCAGCCCCCCAGCCCCAUGGAUCCCAUGGCGAAGAUGCGGGGCCAGCCCUAUGGAGCUGCCAACCCCUACUCACAGCAGCCCCAGCAGGGCCCCUCUCCUGGUCAGCAACAGGGGGUGCCUUACCCCGGUCAAGGCUACGGCCCGCCUGCCCCUCAGAGAUACCCUAUGGGCAUGCAGGGUCGCACCCCUGGGGGCAUGGCUGGCAUGCCUUACGGCCAGCAGAUGGGUCCCUACGGACAGCAGAACCCUGCCUCUUACUACAGCCAGCAGGGCCAGCAGCAGGGACCCUAUGGGCAGCACGGCCAACCUGGUUCCCCCUACGUGCAGUCUCAGGGCCAGCCAGCCUACGGCCAGAGUCAGCCUCCCUACGGCCACCAGCAGGUGGCCCCGGGACAGCCACCUCCACAGCCGGGCUCCCAGGCUCCUCCAGGCGCCCAGGGUCAGGCAGGAUAUCCACAGCAGCAGCAGCAGCAGCAGCAGCAGCAGCAGCAACAGCAGCCACCUUCUCAGCAGCCCCCGGUGCAAGCGGCAGCUCAACCCCCACAGUCCCAGCAGCCGCCGGGACACUCUCAGCCUCCACAGGCCCAACCAGCCCCCUACUCGCAGACUCCCCCUCUCCAACAGCAGCAGUCUUCGUUUCAGCGCUUCCCCCCUCCUCCUCAGGAGCUGUCCCAGGACUCGUUCACUUCACAGUCCAGCACGCCGACCAAUAGCCAGGCCAUGGCAUCGAGCAAGAGUGGCCCAGAGGACGGGUUGCCUGGACGGCCCUCCAGCCUUCCGGACCUGUCUGGCUCCAUUGACGACCUACCCACGGGUGCCGAGGGGGCCCUGAGCCCUGGCGUCAGCACCUCGGGGGUGUCCAGCAGCCAGGGCGAGCAGAGCAACCCGGCCCAAUCUCCCUUCUCCCCCCAUACCUCCCCCCACCUUCCCGGAAUCCGUGGGCCCUCGCCAUCUCCUGUGGGCUCCCCCGCCAGUACCACUCCGUCCCGGUCUGGCCCACUGUCCCCAGCUGCUGUGCCAGGGAACCAGAUGCCCCCACGCCCUCCAAGUGUUCAGUCUGAUGGAAUCCUGCAUCCCUCCAUGAACCAAUCGACCAUGGGCCAGGACAGAGUGUUCAUGAGGAACCCACAGAUGGCUCCAUAUGGCUCCCCCCAGCCUGGCUCUGCCUUAUCACCCCGUCAGUCCUCGGGUGCACAGAUGCAUGCUGGGAUGGGGCCUUAUCAACAGAACAGCUACGGGCCUCAGGGUGGCCAGUAUGGGCCGCAAGCAUACCGGCAGACUGGCUAUAGUGGCAUGCCCAACUCUAACUACCAGGGCCCUGGCAUGGCGGCUGGCUCCAUGAGCCCCAUGCCGGGGCCAGGAGGAGGGCCUCCAUAUGCUGGCAUGCCCCCCGGAAGGAUGGCUCCGGGACAGAUGGGGGCCCGUCCCUACGGCCCCAGCAUGGGGCCUAGUAUGGGCCCCAACAUGGGCCCCAACAUGGGCCCCAGCAUGGGUCCCAACAUGGGUCCAAACAUGGGUCCCAACAUGGGCAGCAUGCCUUCCCAGGUGGGCUCAGGGAUGUGUCCUCCCCCCGGCAACCUGAACAGGAAGCCUCAGGAAGCUGCGGGCAUGCAGCACACCAACACCAACUCCAUACACAGCAGACCACCAGGCUACCCCAGCAUGCCUCAGGGUGUGAUGAGUGCUGGUUCCCCUUAUGCACCAGCGAUGAACAGCAUGCCCGCCAUGAUGAAUCCGCAGGGCAGCCCCUACCCUAUGGGCGGCAACAUGACUGCCAAUGCUGCUGGCAUGGCUCCCAGCCCAGAGUUUGGGAUGGAUGUCAAACUCAACCCAGCUCAGAAGAUGAACAGCAAAGUGGAUGGGACCCCAAAAAGUGACUCUAAGAAGAAAUCGAGCUCUUCCACGACCACCAAUGAGAAAAUCACUCGCUUGUAUGAGCUGGGUCCUGAACCGGAGCGCAAGGUGUGGGUGGACCGGUACUUGGCAUUCACCGAGGAGAAGGCCAUGGGCAUGAACAACCUGCCUGCUGUGGGCCGCAAACCGCUUGACCUGUUCCGCCUCUAUGUCUCUGUGAAGGAGAUCGGCGGCCUCACACAGGUCAAUAAGAACAAGAAGUGGCGGGAGCUGGCCACCAACCUGAACGUGGGCACGUCCAGCAGCGCCGCCAGCUCACUGAAGAAGCAGUACAUCCAGUGUCUGUACGCCUUCGAGUGCAAAGUGGAACGUGGCGAGGACCCACCUCCAGACAUCUUCACCACGGACACCAAAAAGAACCAGGCCAAGAUCCAGCCCCCCUCCCCCGCCGGGUCCGGUUCACUGCAGGGUCCUCAGACUCCACAGUCCACCAGCAGUUCCAUGGCCGAAGGGGGAGACCUCAAACCCCCGACUCCGGCCUCCACCCCACACAGUCAGAUAGCCCCCAUGCCUGGAGUCAGGAGCACGCCAGUGAAUCUUCAAGACCCCUUUGCAGAUGGCGGAGACCCUGCUUUUUCAAGAAGGAACUCCAUGACCCCCAACUCGGGCUACCAGCCUGGCAUGGGUACCCCAGACAUGAUGAGUCGCAUGGGCCCCUACGAGCCCAACAAGGACCCCUUUGGUGCUAUGCGCAAAGCCGGGGAACAGUUCAUGGGCUCUGGGCAGGGCCCCAGCGGCAGCAUGGGCGAGCAGUAUGGCCGGGGGCCUCCAGGGGCCAUGGGCGGUGUGCCGAUGAACCAGAGACAACAGUAUCCCUAUGGUCCCGGCUACGAUCGCAGUAGACAGGACCCUGGGAUUGGCCCAGAUGGCCCCAUUGGACCGGGAGCACCGCAGCCAAACAUGAUGCCCUCCAACACUGAGGCGGGCAUGUACUCUCCAAGCCGCUGCCCCCCGCAGCAGCAGAGGCAUGAUUCCUAUGGUAAUCAGUAUCCUAGCCAAGGACCACCUCCUGGUGGCUCUUACCCCAACCAGCAGCAGGGAAUGUAUCCACAGCAGCAGCAGCCGGGCUACAAGCGACCGGUGGAUGGUGGCUAUGGCCCGCCAGCCAAGCGCCACGACGGCGACAUGUACAGCACUCCCUUCAGCAGUCAGCAGCAGGGUCCCCAGGCGCCAGCCCCUUCCAGCCAGCCUGACAUGUACAACCAGUAUAACUCGUACCCAGGCUCAGAGCGCCGGCCCUCCGGCCCACAGGCCCAGUUCCCCUUCCCGUUUGGCCGGGACCGGGUUCAGCCCAGUACCGGGCCCAACUCCCAGCCUCCCAUGCCGCCACAGAUGAUGGGCAGCCCCAUGCCCUCUGCCCCAGAUGGCCCUCAGGGGGCAAUGUGGCAGGGGCGUGGCGAGAUGGGCUACCCCGGCUUCCCCAACCGCCAAGGUCCUACUGCCCCUGGGCCGGGACCUGGCUACCAUGGCCUGAACCGCUCCGAGGAGAUGAUGCCCUCUGAUCAGCGGGUGAACCACGAGACUCAGUGGCCCAGCCAUGGUGGCCCGCGGCCAGCCCCGUAUGGCCCCCCCAUGACCCGGCCCAUGCAGCCCAGCUACCCGCCAGCGCAGCCCAUGCAGAACCACAUUCCGCAAGUGUCCAGUCCCGCUCCCAUGCCCCGCUCUGUGGAGAGCAGGACCUCCCCGAGCAAGUCCCCCUACAUGCACUCAGGCAUUAAGAUGCAGAAGGCUGGUCCUCCGGUCCCUGCCUCACACCUCUCCCAGGCAACGGGGCCUCCCCCCCUCAUUCGCCGUGAUGUCUCUUUCCCUUCUGGCUCAGUGGAGGCCACCCAGCCCGUCCUCAAGCCCCGCCGGCGUCUCACCAUGAAGGACAUCGGGACCCCAGAGGCAUGGAGAAUCAUGAUGUCACUGAAAUCUGGCUUGCUAGCUGAGAGUACCUGGGCCUUGGACACCAUCAACAUCCUCCUGUAUGAUGACAGCAGCAUUGCUACCUUUAAUCUCAACCAGCUCCCCGGAUUCCUGGAGCUGGUAGUGGAGUACUUCCGACGCUGCCUCAUCGAGAUUUUUGACAUCCUGAGAGAGUAUGAGGUGGGUGAUCCUGGGCAGCGCACCCUCCUAGACCCUGAUGCCCUGGACCACGAGGGCUCUGAGGAGGAUGUGACUGAGGAGCUGGAGCUGGGCAACCUGGAGGAUGAGGGCGAAGAAGAUGAUGAUGAGGAGGAGGAGGAGGAGGAGAAGGAUGACGAGGCAGCUGGGAGGCAGCAGCCAGGGGAUGUCAAGCAGGAGAAAGAUGAGAGGUUGCAGGGUGAGGAGGCCAUGGAGGAAGGGCCUUCUGCAAAGGAGCCUGGCUCAACAGCAUCUUCCUUAGGACCUUCCAGUCCUCCGGAGAAGCCAAAGCAAGCAAGCAAAUUUGACAAGUUUCCUAUCAAGUUGGUACGCAAGAAGAAUCCCUUUAUGGUGGCGCGGUCUGGCAAGCUGGGCCGAUGCCAGCAGUUCAACAGUGGGCUGGUGCACUGGAGUGCGGGCGGUGGCGACACCACAGCACAUAUCCAGACCCACUUCGAGAGCCGUGGUGACCUACUGCACUCCUCCAGGCGGCCCCCCACCCCCACAGUGGCCAAGAACAAACCCCCUGUGGCAGAAGCUGUAAUGGAUCCCAAGGAGGCUACGUACUCAGAGUCCACCAAGCCAAGCCCCAUAGGGGCUGGAGCCAGCACCACAGCCACGGUGGACGACAUGCUGUCCUCCCGGGCCGGCUCUGAGGCCCACCGGAACCAGGAGAACGAUAAGUUCCUCCUGAGUACGGGCUCAGUCCAGCAGAAGCAGAGUCACAUCACUAUCUUGGAGGAUGAGCCACACAGCCGGGACGAGGAGCCACUGGUGACACUGGUGGACUGGCAGGAUGCGCUGGCCCGCCGCUGUGUCUGCGUCUCCAAUGUGCUGCGCAGCCUGUCCUUCGUACCCAGCAACGACCUGGAGAUGUCCCGGCACCCGGGGCUGCUGCUCAUGCUGGGUCGCCUGCUGCUGCUGCACCACCGGCACCCUGAGCGCAGGCAGGCGCCGCUCACCUACGAGAAGGACGAGGACGGGGAGGACGGAGCCCACCCCAAGCUGGACCAGUGGUGGUGGGACUGCCUAGAGCUGCUGCGUGAGAACUGCCUGGUCACACUGGCCAACAUCUCCGGCCAGCUGGACCUCUCAGUCUACCCAGAGAGCAUCUGCCUGCCUCUGCUGGAUGGCCUGCUCCACUGGGCCGUGUGCCCAUCGGCCGAGGCCCAGGACCCCUUCCCCACUCUAGGCAUGAAUGGCUCGCUCUCCCCCCAGAGACUGGUCCUUGAGACCCUCAGCAAGCUCAGCAUCCAGGACAACAACGUCGACCUCAUUCUGGCUACGCCGCCCUUCAGCCGGUUGGAGAAACUCUACGGCUCGCUGGUGCGGCUGGUGGGUGAGCGCAAGGUGCCUGUGUGCCGUGAAAUGGCCGUCGUGCUCCUGGCCAACCUGGCACAGGGAGACAGCCUGGCGGCACGCGCCAUCGCCGUGCAGAAGGGCAGCGUGGGAAACCUGCUGGGCUUCCUGGAGGACAGCCUGGCAGCGGCGCAGUUCCAACAGAGCCCUGGCGCACUGCUCCAGAGCCAGGGCGCCCCCUUUGAGCCUAGCAGUGUGGACAUGAUGCGGCGGGCGGCACGAGCCCUGCACGCCAUGGCCCGGCUCGAGGAGAACCGCUCUGAGUUCACGCUGUACGAGUCGCGGCUGCUGGACUUGUCCGUAUCGCCGCUCAUGAACUCGCUGGUGUCACACGUCAUCUGUGACGUGCUCUUUCUGAUUGGCCAGUCGUGACCCCAGUGGAAGGGGUAGCUGGGGCUUCAGCCCUCUCAUUCCCCCCACCCCCCCACUUUUACUGUCAUGUGUGAACGGAGACGGCUAUGAGCAGAACUGGCUUUAUUUUUUUCCAUGUAUUAUUAUUUAUGCAAAACACCUCAAAUUCCAUUGAUCUCUCUGUCCCCGCUUCUCACUAAAGGAAGGAUGUCACAAAGUAGCUGUGGAUUCAGACCUGGAUAUUUAGAACAGGGAAGAUUAUUACUGUCUCAUGGUUUAAGCAAUCGACUUGGAACCAGUAAUGUUGGCUUUGGGGAGCGAGCUGCCUAUUAGGAAGGACAUUUUUAAUAAAAUACAUAAAUAAAACCUGCAAAAACCAAACUGUUACCAAAGUUGCUGUCUCGUUUACAGUGAAUUUGGGGGAUAACUCCUGCAGGCACUCCUGCAGGGGUCAUGGGGGGGGGGGGGAUUUAAGGUUCAUUAAUGGAGGCAGAACUGAUUCCUGGACUUUGUUGUGGUAUGAAUUCUGAAACUUGUAAGAUCUAUAUUCUGCCCCUCAGAAUCCAGGUAAUGGGUUGAGAGCAGAUGUGGUUGAAUGGGAGGCCUGUACAGAAGACUGUAAGACAUUUCUGUACUGUACACCCACACAAGUGUAAGCAUACUGUAAUAACACUGUUCGACACUGAGAAACAUUGGCUCCAAGACAGAACUGUAGUUUUAAAAAAAAAAUGUUUUUAGUUAACGUUGAUGAGAGAACAAGGCUUUCCUCCCCCCAAAGUAUUGUGAACCUACAACACCCUGACCUCUACUCUUCAUCCCUCAACUGUAUGAACUGUCCCUUAUUAAAAGAAAAACACCUCUUUAGGACUGGUUUUCAAACUUUAGAUGCAGUCCAGGCUGCAGUGUAUAUACAUUGUUGUACAUUACACUCUCGCUUUUUCUCACUUUCUGAAACUCUUCUCCCCCUUUUUUUUUCCUUUUGAUGAAUAAAAAAGGUUGCACAUAAGUCAAAGCCUUGCAUCCCGCCCUGCCAUGUGCUAACUUGGGCCCUGCCCAUCCCCCCAGUGCCCAGCGGGUGGACCGCUGUCCCAUAGCCAGCUGCUUCCUCUGGGCGACGAGGCUCAACACCUUUUAGUUCCUCUCCAGACACAAGGAAAAGGUUUCAGCUCAUUAUUAAGAAACACAAUCCCCCCCACCCAGUGAGAUAAAUUCUGCAUAUUUGUAUUACAGAUGAUGUAGCUAAAAACUUGAUGUAAAUUCCUUUUUCCUUUUUGGCUUAAUGAAUAUCAUUUAUUCAGUAUGAAAUCUUUAUACUAUAUGUUCCACGUGUUAAGAAUAAAUGUACAUUAAAUCUU